UGAGGCGGAAGCGCCUGCUGUCUGCGACUGGCCCCUCACCGGCUCUGUCCAGCCCUGAUCCCAACGCCGAGGACGCCGCUGGUCAGUGUCAUGUGACUUCUGCCCCUGGGCCUGGAACCUGAGCCGGGACCCAGGCUACGGCCUCCCAGGUUGUGUUAGUUCUUCGGAAGUUUCAGGAAGCGAGUGGUCAGAGUCGCGGAAUAUAGGUCUGGGGUCCCGGGGGGUGGUAGUGCCCGAGUCCGAGGUCGCGGAGUUGGGGCCCCCCCGGGUCCGGGUUCGGGGUCAGAGGUGUGGGGGAGGUUGGUGCCCGGGUCCAGAGUCUUGGUGGUACCCGGGUCCAGGGUCUCAGAGAAAGAGCCUGCUGGAGCCGAUUUGUCUUCCCUCUCAAGGGUCUCUUGGGUCAGGCCCACUGUGUCGUGUGCCAUGAGGGCACUGGGGGCCUUCCUUCUGGCCUUGGUGGCGGGCUUGGCCACUGCCAGCCCACCUAAUGUCGUGUUGAUCUUUGCUGACGACCUGGGCUAUGGAGACUUGGGCUCCUAUGGGCACCCUAGUUCCACCACUCCCAACCUGGACCAGCUGGCUGCAGGGGGGCUGCGGUUCACAGAUUUUUAUGUGCCCGUGUCUCUGUGCACACCCUCUCGGGCUGCCCUCUUGACCGGUCGGCUCCCAGUUCGGAUGGGCAUGUACCCUGGAGUCCUGAAGCCUAGCUCCCAGGGGGGCCUGCCCCUAGAAGAGGUGACCCUGGCAGAGGUCCUGGCUGCCAAAGGUUAUCUCACAGGAAUGGCCGGCAAGUGGCAUCUUGGCGUGGGGCCAGAGGGGAUCUUCCUGCCCCCCCAUCAUGGCUUCCAUCGAUUCCUAGGCAUCCCCUACUCUCAUGAUCAGGGCCCCUGCCAGAACCUGACCUGCUUCCCACCGGCCACCCCCUGUGAUGGCGGCUGUGACCAGGGCCUGGUCCCCAUCCCCCUGUUGGCCAACCUGACUGUGGAGGUGCAGCCUCCCUGGCUGCCAGGCUUGGAGGCCCGCUACGUAGCUUUUGCCCGUGACCUCAUGACCGAUGCCCAGCGCCAGGGUCGCCCAUUCUUCCUGUACUACGCCUCCCACCACACCCAUUACCCCCAGUUCAGUGGGCAGAGCUUUGCAGAGCACUCAGGCCGUGGGCCAUUUGGGGAUUCCCUGAUGGAGCUGGAUGCAGCUGUAGGGGCCCUGAUGACGGCCAUGGAGGACCUCGGCCUGCUUGAAGAGACCGUGGUCAUCUUCACUGCAGACAAUGGACCUGAGACGAUGCGCAUGUCCCGAGGUGGCUGCUCUGGCCUUUUGCGAUGUGGAAAGGGAACGACCUUUGAGGGGGGUGUCCGGGAGCCUGCCUUGGCCUUCUGGCCAGGCCACAUCACUCCAGGUGUGACCCAUGAGCUAGCCAGCACCCUGGACCUACUGCCUACUCUGGCAGCCCUGACUGGGGCCCCACUGCCCAACGUCACCUUGGAUGGCUUUGACCUCAGCCCCCUGCUGUUGGGCACAGGCAAGAGCCCUCGGCAGUCUCUCUUCCUCUACCCGGCCUACCCAGAUGAGGUCCGUGGGGUCUUUGCUGUGCGGAGUGGGAAGUACAAGGCUCACUUCUUCACCCAGGGCUCUGCCCACAGCGACACCACCGCAGACCCUGCCUGCCAUGCCACCAGCCCCCUGACUGCUCACGAGCCCCCAUUGAUCUAUGACCUGUCCAAGGACCCUGGUAGGAGGGGCUGGGGGCCUUGUGAGCCCCUAGGAAGGCACAUGGGCAGCUCCCGAGAUAAACCUGUUGGCACUUCCACCCUCCUGAGGAUCUCGUCUAUGCACACGUUUCCUGUCUCUAGCUUCAUCUUUGACACGAGCCAUUCUCCACCCAGCAGGCACAGCGAUCUCUUACAAACGUCUGUCAGGUUGGAUUUGAGCAUGUAUCCCUGCUCAAAGCUCCACAGCUUCUUAUUAUACUCAGAAUAAAAUCCAAACUCCUGAUGGUGGCCCACUUUGCCCUGAAGCCCUCUCAGUCUUGGUGGGCUGGCAUGGCUGUUCCUUCCACCAGCAAUAUUUUGCCUCCACUACUGGCCUCCUUUGCAGUGAGGGACCUCCUGACCACCUGCCUGUGUUUGUGUGCAAAGUGUGCUGACGUCAGGCCCACAUGUGUGCCCUGAUGGCAAGUCACACACCAAGCACCCCCUUGGUGUUGGCUGAGAGGGUCACUGAAUAGGUGUACAGACACCUCCCCAUGGCAAACACUUCAUUGCCUACCAAGCAGCCACACCCUUACCAAUAGGCCCCCACUUUUUCAGUAAUGGGCAAAGUCUCCUUGACCUUGAGGUUGCAGCCUCUCCCUGUCCCAGGUUAGUGACCAGUCUGAGCCAGUAACAAUCUGAUGGUUGGUCUAGGAGUAGAAUGUAACCAAGAGUCCUGGCAGUGAAAGAUUGGGGUGGCAGGGUGAGGACCAUGCGGCAGCAGAGUCACCAGCCCUGACUGGACACACAGCAGGUAAAGAAGUGUCUUCAGCUGCCUGGAGAGCUCCAGGUGUUAAGGAAAUAAACUGUUUAAGCCACUGCCAGUGGGCUGUUACUUGUAGCCAAAAGGAGCCCUGCUGGAAUGCACCUGAGAGAGAGAACGAGAAUGCAUGAGCACCUGUCUGAGGCGUCAGACAGUGUGCUGAAGACCCUUCAUGUUCACCAUGCAAUCUUUAAUCACUGCUAAACUAGUUGAGGGGCUAAAUUGACAAUACCGCAAAUCCUGCUGUGUCUAGGAGUUACCAGUAGGGUAAUAGUUCCCUUGGGGCACCCAGCACUGAUGUUGGCACAAGGAAGACACUGAGGCACUUGUGGUCUGAGUGAAGGUGUUGGGCCCAAAUAAUGCCGUAGUUCAGGGUGAAGACAGAUAAACUGAAACAUGUUCAUGAUCCAUGUAUCACACUGAAAGUCCAAACUCUCCAGCAAGAACUAAAUGAAUACUAAUACCUGGGUACAACCUGCAGGCACCUUUUCCAACUCUGCAGCAUUAGCUCCUUUCACUUGAACAGUGUGCAUUGCUGUGUUAAUCCCACCAUGUUUGUUCACCAACACCAUGUAGUGCUGGGCAUGGAGUUGUCAGAGAAGACCCCACACACAUGCAGUGCUCAUAGUCUAGCAAGGGGAAUCAGCUUAGUCUUGGAAGGUCAGAUGCACAUGGGAUUUCAGCGUAAUAGAAGUCCCUUGUAGGGUGGGUUGCAUGGAUAAUGAAUUUCUGAGCAAGGACACCAGAGAACUUGGGGGUGCUACUACAAAUGUUCUCUGUCUUGAUUUGGGGGUUGUAAUAUGAUGCAUACGUAUGUAUUUGUGUAAAGUCACACACAUAAGAUGUGCACACUUUAUGAUGCCACUGUGUAUUUU